UACUUAUUACUAAAUCCUGUAUCAACCUAUAUUAACUUUUCAUUCUUUCAAAUAAAUAAUAUAAAAUUAAAUAAAUUAUUCUUGAACUGACCAAAGUAUUUGAAAUGAAAAUGUAACAUUAAAAACAUACAUUGUCAUCAUUAGACGUUCAAUUUUGAUGUUAAAUCCACUAAUGUUUGAUGGAGAAUUAUUCUAGGCCUAUAUACAUAUAUUCAGUGUUGGGCACGUUACUUUAAAAAAGUAAUUCGUUAUAGUCAUCAUUAUAAAAGUAACUAAUUACCAGGGAAAGUAACUAUUGUGUUACUUCAAAAAAAAAAAAAAUGUUCAAAUGUCAAAUAACUUUGGAUGCCCCCGAUAUUAAAUAUGUUAAAUUAAUGAAAUGGACACUAAAAAGAAUAAAUUAUUAUUAAAAAACAUUGUACAUUAAUCUACACUAUUUAUCUACUGACACUUAGUAUCAGUCAGUCAAGCAUUAUAAUAUAAUAUUAUGAUAAUUUAAUAUUAUAUGAUGAUAGAACUUUAGUAAUUAGAAUAACCAAGUAUGAAUGCAUAUUUGUCAUCAAUAUAAAACGCACUAAGGAUUAAUGAGCUGCUGGGUUCAUGAAUAUUAAUCACGUUGUCUGCGUUCGCUCGAAUUGAUUUGCUGAAAUCAAAACAGGGACGAUAAUAAGUGAGCACCAGCCAAUGAGAUUGUCGUUUGCGCAUUAGUUCCGCCCACUACCAGAGAACCAGGCAGUUCUUGAAAGCGGAAGAAUUCCAAAGGAACUCCGUUAUUUUGACAGAAAAAUACAAUAAAGAAUAUCGUUAAAUGUAGCGCGUCAAUUCUGCAUGUGAAAGCAUUAUGAAAGACUCUCUUGCUCUGUAUCUUUGUUUGCGCGCGUGUAUGUGAGAGAAAGCGACGGCCAGUCCUGCGCUUCACACUAGAGUUUAUGGUACGUCAAAUACAGCUACACUGCGCAUCCAUUCAGAUGAACUGAAAAAUUUAAUUCUAAUAAUAUAAUAUAGUAACGCCACAUUUUAUUGUCAGUAACGGUAACGGCGUUGUAACGGGGGAAACAGUAAUUCGUUUGAUUACUUGUUACUGAAAAAAAUAAGCCGUUAGUAACGCCGUUUAUUUAUAACGCCGUUAUUCCCAUCACUGCAUAUAUUACAUCAGAAGUAGCCUAACUGUAAUUAAAUUAGGCCUACAGAACAAUUAAGAGUAAUUCCUUACUUUACGUUUUCAAUUAAAUUACAGUAAUUAAGUACUUAGUAAUGCAUAUACACUCAACACAUUGUGACGUUUUUCUGUGGGCGGGGCUUAGCUGGAGGCAGAAAGAUUCCUCUGACCGCUUCACUAAGGCUAGCUAUGAAGUUUGUUCACCUUGUUUUUUUAACAAUGGCUGGAGAAAAUCCGAUUUUACCUGCAUAUGUAAGGUCACUCACUGUGCAGGACCAUGAUUGUUAUUUAAAUAAGUUAACUUUAAUGGACAAAAUCAGAUUGGCCGACCCUCUGCUCAUUGAUGGGCGAUCUGACAGGAUUAGCAUUACCUCAGGUUGAGUGACUCGUUAGAGAAACCUAACGAGUAGUAAAGAGAAACUCAUCUAGUCAUGAAGAUGUACAUAUAUUUCAACUAUUUUUACAGCUAAUGUUGAGACGUGAGAAUGAACUGGGUCAAAAUACAAAAAGUAAGUUAAACAUUCAAUGUGAUGGAUAGGCCUAUAUUAUUUGAAGAUGUAUGUAUCAUGGCCAAAUAGUUAUUUUAAAGUAUAUACAUCCUGUAAAUUAUGUAAGUUAAGCAUAAUUAACUUUUGUUAAAAAUUAUUAUGCAAAAAGGGUCUAUAGCGUCUGCACCAUAACGUUCUGUGAGGCGCGCGUUCUGAGUUUAUAAGCGCGCGAUGCCGGCUCUUUAAAGUCAUGUGGAUUCUGAUUGGCUGUCAAUGUUUUUUGUUUUGUUUUUUUUAUCGUUCAUCAGCUGCAAUCGUUCCGAAAGUGAUUCAAACGAUAUUUUUCCUCUUUGUCGUUAUUGUUAUAGCUGUUACCUAUUCUCAUAGAAUUAGAACCAUUAUUAAAACUUUAUAGUUAUCUUUAUUCCUUGGUGUAUAAACAGGCACUUGUCAAAACGGGCACGGUCCUUAUUUUAACAAAUUAUGUUAAUGAGAAUCCUUUAUGUCGAGGUCCCUGACUGGCUGUGAUGGAAAUAAAAUUAACAAUAAUCAAAGCACUGGUCCAAAAUAGGCCUAAAUAAACAAACAAGCAAGCAAAAGAGAAUGACUCAUUAUCAAGCCAGUUGAUCCAGACAACUUUCAGCACACAGGUGUCGGAGGUGUGGUAAUUCUCUCUCUUUCUCUCUCUCUCUUUCUCCUUCUCCAUAUCAAUCAGCACCAAUGAACCUGAGGCAUCAUCACAUUUCUGCUUGAGGCCUCAAGGCGUUAGUUGUAAAGUCGGCCAAUGUAACCGCUGCUAAUGACUCUUCAAGCAGUCCUCCUGCCGGGUGCUCAGGUGUCAAGAGGCCCAGAAGCAACACUGCGAGAGUUUCUGAAUUCGCAAACUACUUGAAAAGUUAUUGUAAUUAUGAGCAAAUGGGUCAUUUCCGAAAAAGCGGCAAAAAACAGCCUAUCAAUUGUUUCACAAACAUAAUAUAGCUAAAUGUUGGCUUUUAUUUUGUAUAUCUUAUGUAGGACAUAUAUAUAAUUAAAACAUUUGAUAAAUACAAUAAACAAAAACAACGUCUAGUUCUAAAGUCUUCUUCAAAUGACAGAUUCUAACUUCUGCCACUAAAGUUCAAAACACCCGACGCGCAUUGCUUCGGUGUGCCAAUCAAAGUCAGCCCACCCUUUGCUGUCUUAAGCAGUCUGUGUGGUACCAUAUCUGUUUGAGCUCUCGGCUGAGCAUGUUGUCAGAAUGACUUCUUUCAUUGCACUAAUAAACUAGUUUUAAAAAGUUUUACAAACUUUUAUAAGUUAAUUUAGGGCUCUGUCUCCGUCAGGCUGGAGCUAUCGGAUCCAAAAAACUGGUGGAGUGGCGGAAAGUCGUGGAGGCACAACAGACAGCACUCUCGAGGGGCAAAUAUGUCCCGAGAGAACCACGAUGAGAGUGUGGACCACGCUGCCCCCUUCCAGGACGUCUGUGAAGUGGAGCUCCCUGACCAGGAGUGCUGCAAGCUAGUCACCAUCAACAUUUCAGGUCUGCGUUUCGAAACUCAACUUAAGACCCUCGCAAGAUAUCCCAACACGUUACUAGGAGACCCAAUUAAAAGGAUGCGGUUCUACGACCCGCUGAGGAACGAGUUCUUCUUCGACAGGAACCGACCCAGUUUUGAUGCCAUCCUGUAUUACUAUCAGUCAGGCGGGAGGCUUCGAAGACCCAUCAACGUGCCGGUUGAGAUCUUUUUGGAUGAAAUUACAUUUUACGAAAUUGAUGAUGAAGUCAUCGACCGUUUCCGAGAGGACGAGGGUUUGUUAAAAGAAGACGAACGUCCCGUUCCGUCCAGUGAGUUUAAGCGUCAAAUCUGGCUGCUUUUUGAGCAUCCCGACAGCUCUGGUCCAGCCAAAAUGAUCGCUAUAGUAUCUGUAAUGAUCAUCCUGAUAUCCAUUAUUAUCUUCUGUUUAGAAACUUUGCCGGAAUUUAGAGAGGAUGAUCGUGUGGUCAAGAACCACCUUGCGCGGAACGGAACGACUACUGGGAAAAAAUCUAGUAUGUUCACGGAUCCAUUCUUCUUGCUGGAGACCAUCUGCGUCGUGUGGUUUUCCUUCGAACUGUUUAUAAGGUUUCUUGCAUGCCCGAGCAAGCCCGCCUUCUUCAAAGACAUCAUGAACGUCAUAGAUAUUGUAGCUAUCCUUCCAUAUUUCAUUACUUUGGGUUUAGACCUCAGCGAAGUCCAGUCAAACUCACAACAGACCACGUCUCUCGCCAUUCUGAGAGUUAUCCGCUUGGUGCGCGUCUUCAGGAUUUUCAAGCUCUCACGGCACUCCAAGGGUCUCCAAAUUCUCGGUCAGACCCUACGAGCGAGCAUGCGAGAACUUGGACUACUGAUAUUUUUCCUUCUCAUCGGCAUUAUACUGUUCUCCAGUGCGGUGUACUUCGCCGAAGUGGACGACCCGGAAUCGUCUUUUACUAGUAUCCCAGACGCCUUCUGGUGGGCGGUUGUUACCAUGACUACUGUUGGAUAUGGUGACAUGUACCCAGUGACGAUAGGAGGCAAAAUUGUUGGAUCUAUGUGUGCCAUUGCAGGAGUUCUUACAAUCGCCCUGCCGGUACCAGUAAUCGUGUCGAAUUUUAAUUACUUCUAUCACCGAGAGCACAGCGCGGAGGAGCAAGUGGAAUAUACGCACGUAACUUGCGGUCGCCCGUUGCCUGUGGUAUGUGACCGAAAUAAAAGCGACAGUAAACCCUCGCUCGUGAAAUCAGAGCAUUCAGAAGACGACGACUGGAAUUCAAUAAGCGUAUUAAAUUUCAGUCCAUCAGAGGAAUAUACAGGCAAACUCACAGAUGUAUAAGAACACCAGAAAGAGCUGUAGGCCUAUCAAAGCGCGCGCAUCUAUGAAGCAGCAGCUGUAUGACGACAUUUCUUCUCUAUAAAGAAGACGGAAGUUCAUAUUACCUGCAUAAACAUGCAAAAUGUACGGUGGCCGAGAGAGCUCAAUGCGCUGCAACUUCAGUAAACACAUGCAAAUAGAAAAAGCACCAGCAAAUCAAGAAAACAUCAGUUUGACAGCAGGUGGUGCAAAUGCUCACAAAGCAAACAAAUAAAGAAUUUUAUUUGCAGCAUGUUUCUUCGUUUGCUUGUGUUGUGAGCAUUUGUAGCAUGUGUGUUGUCAAAUUGAUGAAGUUGUUUUCUUACUUUGCAGGUGUUUUCUUCAAUUUGCAGUGCGUUUCUUUAUUUGGUUGUGUAAUGUGUUGUGAGCAUUUGCAGCUCGUGUGUUGUCAAAUUGACGAAGUUGUUUUCUUAAUUUGCAGGUGUUUUUUUUCUAUUUGCAGCGCAUUGAGCUCUCUCGGCCACCGUAAAAAUGUGUUUAUUUUUGUCAGUAGCGGUCCGUCAGAGAAAGAGGUGAAAGGAACAAACAGACUAACUGAUAAAAUUAACUUUUUCAAUUUACCCAUUAAUGUGUAUAAUGCAUAUGUGGAUAUUUUAUUACACGGAAGGCAAAUUUAAAAACUGCACGGAUGUUACAAGAGGCUGACAGCAUUGCCUCUAAACUGACCAAGCAAAGUUGCUUCUAUCCAAAAGGCGAAAUGCAUAUAACCAAUCGUUGUCACAGAGGCAAGCAUUCAAACUAAUCAGAUUUCAGUAUCAUGUUAUUGCGUCAUCAAGCCUGCUUGUUGUCAGACAACAGGGGCCUGUAUCAUGAUGGUAGAUGAACAAAUUCAGAGUUACAGGAUUAGUUUCGAGUUGACAAAACCAAACCACUCCAAUCUGGCUUUACGGGUACCAUGAUGCUGAUCAUCAACUUUUUUGUCAACUCAGGCUUUGAUCCUGAUGUUCUCUAACCCAUGCAGAACAUAACCUGCCCCAGAGCAGGUUAGCCGUAAAGUGUAAGUUACUAUGGCAAUGAACACAGCUAAAAGCCAAGCCACUUUCAUGGUACCUAAAACCCAGGAUUGGUGCAAACUAAACUGAAACUUAGCUGGCUAUCCAGCUAAUCCGGCAUCAUGGUACAGGACCCAGGUGAACAUAAACUUUAGCCAAAAUAUCAAUGAUAAAAAUCAGUGAAGGAUUUCAAACCAGGUGACACUGAAUAAAAGGACGAUUUACCAAAAUGAAGGAGCGAAUGAUUGAAUUCACACAAGUGAGUUAAUGUUUGAAAGAAUCGGCUCUGCGUUCAUGUAAAAAAGUUUAAAAUGCCUAGUAGGGCCUAUAUAUUUGGCAUAUAUGCACAUAUCUAUAUAUGGCACUGCGAAUUGUUUUCCGUUGAUUUAUUAUUGCGACUUUAACGCUAUUAUCAAUGCUAUUUUUAUAUCAAAUGUAUCAUUUGUGUACGUAGCCUAAGCACAAUUACCGUAAAUAUAUAAAUAGGCUAUACAUUGGUUAAUCGAUUAGUAGCCUAUUAAUUUACAAAUCAGCCUCUCAAAAAAUGCUCACAGGCCGCUACUGAUUUUUGUAAUACUGUACAUUGUAAUAUAUUUGUAAUCUAGAAAUAAUUUAAAUAUUAUUUAUGAAAUGUUUUAAGCUUUAUUUAAGCCUUCAUGUCUUUGCCUUGUGAGAUAGCUUAUUGUUCUUUAAAAUAUCUCAAUCUCUGCCUUGUGCAAUCUAUGUGCUUUAAACAUGCAAGAGAUGUUCUUUGCCUAUGUUGCCUUUUCUCAGGAUAAAAUUUAAUUAUAUGGUCUGACACUGUAUACCGGUUACCUAAACAUCUUGGCCAGUUAAAGUGCCCACAUGACAGCUGCAGACCAAGUGGACAAGCUAUUUUUGUUACAUGUUAUU